UGCCCUCUAAUCAAUUUUGUUUCCUCCACUUGCCUCGCCUCCCACUAACGGCUUCAAAUUGCCGCUCAGCAUCAUCUGUUCCCGAAAAGGAGAUCCUAAGCAAAACCAGAAAUUGAAAUAUUAAAUAAAGGUUUAUGUCGAAUUUAAUAGUUACAUGUGCCAAAAAGUGACAGAUUUUUACCCGUUCACCCCUGUUGGCGGCAUCUCAUACAAACCUCCCUGCCAUCGAGUGAUCUAAAAAGUGAGAGUUGAGUUCGGUUUGGGCGAAAAAGUUAAGCGUAGAAUUCAUCCAAAAAUAAAAAAUUAGUUGCUUGCCAAGCUCGUAAGCCAACAGACGCCAGUUUCUUUUGUCUCAAAAUGAAUUUAUUAAUUUCUUUGUUAAUAAUCUCUACCAUUUGUCUGGUAGCGGGAGCUCCAGCCCCGCAGCUGUUGAACAAACGUAACGAAAAACAAGUGGUCCACGCUGACGAAGAAGAGUUACCUUCGAAAGGUGCUACAAUUGAGGAAGUUGUCGUGGAAUCUGCUUUAUACAUUAAACCCAAGCCCAAUCGGCAGCAGGUGAGGCGAGUGCGUUCUGUGGAAUCAAAGGAUUUGCUACGUCGUAUUUAUGCAACACACAAGCGUGUGAAGCGCCAAUUUGGUGGCGGAUUUUCUGGAAAUCCUGGAUUUGGCGCCGGCGGAUUUGGUGGUCCCAAUUCCAAUUUUGGUGGCGGAUUUGGUGGUAAUCAAGGCUUUGGUGGAAAUCAAAGAUUUGGAGGGAAUCAACAAUUUGGCGGACAACAACAAACUCAAGCUGGUACAUCGGCCGGUGCCGGUGGUACUAAAGCUGGAGUUGAUGUUGGUGCCGGACCCAACGGUGGCACUGCCAACGCCAAUGUCGAACUAAAUCCCCUUGGUCCUUUGGGGCCCAAUGGCUAUAAUCAGGAACAGGCUGCCUCUAACGGAGCUGCUCAAAGCAAUUACAACAACGGUUUUAAUUCGGGUUCAUCGGCAUCAAAUGCCCAGGCUCAAGGCUUCCAAUCACAGAGUGCUAAUGGUUCAUUUGGUGCUUCCUCUGCCAGUACAGCAACGCAAGCCCAGAAUUCGAAUCCCUUUGGCAACAACAAUUCGGCAGGAGCCUCUCUUAGUCAAGUUUAUCAUCUACCCAACGGACAAACGAUAAAUUUCAGCUCAACCAACAGUUUCGCCAAUGGUGCUGGCGGUCAACAUGGCAGCAGUCACGGAGCAGCCGUUUCCGUGAGCCGCUAGACAUGAGAGUGUGUGCCAUGGAAUUUCGCAGAAGAGAUAUAAUGUGAUCCUGCUUAAUUCUUAUAAAUUGUAAACUCUGGUAUAAAUAAAUAUUUGUAAACAAAAAAACGAAAA